CCUUGCCCAGUGCUGCCCUUGCCACUAGCAAGUGUCAGUGUGGUGUCAGUGUGAGUUUGUUUGGCGUUAUUAAUCGUUUAUUUGUGCAAUAGUUUAGCAAAAACAGUCAGGAUGGGCAAAGGCUUCAACAACUACAUGUGUAAGAAGUUCUUCCACCCCGCUUCGCGGGACAACCUGAAGCGGGUGUGGAUGGCGGAGCAGAAGGCCGAGGCCUACAAGAAGAAGCAGGAGGAGCUGCGCCAGCAGUACGAGAAGGAGCAGGACUUGCACGACAAUAAGGCGAUGCUGAGCAAGGAGAGCAAAGACAAGUUGAGCAUCAACUUCAUGUACGAGCCCCCGCCCGGGGCGCGCAAGGAGCGCGAGCGCGAGGACAACGAGCCGGAGUACAAGUUCGAGUGGCAGCGUAAAUACAACGCCCCCCGUGAGAGCUACUGUAAGGGCGAUCAAGAGAUUAGGGACCAGCCGUUCGGGAUACAAGUGCGGAACGUCAGGUGCAUCAAGUGCCACAAAUGGGGGCACAUUAACACGGAUAAGGAGUGCCCCAUGUACAGUUUGUCGACCAGUGUGGCCAGGUCGCUCGAGUCGGCCUCGAUUUUGGACCAGAAGUCGUUGGUUGAGCAAAUGAGGGAGGAUGGGCUUGCGAUUAAAAAGCAGUAUUUGAGCAAUACGGGGACUGCUAAUUAUGAUUUGAUUAUUAACGAGGAUGCUGAUGAGAAUUCGGUUGUGACUUUUAUUAAGUCGUUGACGAAGAAGCAGAAGAAGGCGUUGUUGAAGAAGUUGGAGAAGAUUGAAAAGGGGGGGAGAGAUAAGAAGAACAAGAAACGAAGGGAUUCAGAUGAGGCUUCCUCAGAUGAAGACAGGAAGAAAGCAGGGAAGAGGAAGUUCAGGAGGAGGAAUCAGAGUACGAGCUCUGAGGAGGAAUCGGAAGAUGAUAAGAAGAAACACAAGAAGAAGGAAAAGUCGUCAGAGUUUAAACUAAUGUCCAAAGAGGAGAAAAAGGCAUUGAUUAAGAAACUGGAAAUUGUGGAGAAAGCAAUCAGUAAAAGGAACGAAAAGAAUGGGCGAAGAAGUUCCGAUGAGGACAGGUCAAGGAGGGACAAAAAGCACUCACGGCAUAACAAUGAUGACUACAGACGGGACAGGAAGCGAAAAUCUGAUGAUUCCUAUUAUGAAAAUAGCAAAAGAAGACGCUCUUAAGUUUUUGUUGUACAUUUCUUAGAAUUGUUGUGAUUAUAGGGAUUAUCAUGAUACUUGUAAUAAUUUAGAAAACGUAAUAUAUUUUUAAACGUA